CAGAUCAGCAGAAGUAUGCAUCAAGGAAACCAAACCACCGUCUCUGAAUUCCUACUCCUGGGACUCUCCGACCAGGCUGAGCAGCAGACUCUCCUCUUUGUGCUUUUCCUCUGUAUGUACCUGAUCACUAUGGUUGGGAACGGGCUCAUCAUUCUGGCCGUCAGCUUGGAUUCUUACCUGCACACCCCCAUGUAUCUCUUCCUUGCCAAUCUGUCUUUUGCCGAUAUUUCCUCCAUUUCCACUUCAGUCCCCAAAAUGCUGACAAAUAUUCAGACCAAGAGUCAAUCCAUCUCCUAUGAGAGCUGCAUCACACAGAUGUACUUUUUCAUCAUGUUUGUUGUCACUGAUAAUUUCCUCUUGGGGGUCAUGGCCUAUGACCGCUUUGUGGCUAUCUGCCACCCUCUGAACUAUACAACCAUGAUGCAGCCCAGGCUCUGCAUUUUGCUCACAGUCAUCCCAUGGGUCCUCAGUAAUCUUGUUGCCCUGACACACACCCUUCUGCUGGUCGAGUUGCUCUUCUGUGACAACAACACUCUCCCGCACUUUUUCUGUGACUUGGCUCUUCUGCUCAAACUGUCCUGCUCAGAUACAAAGAUCAAUGAGCUUGUGUUGUUUAUCUUGGGCUUAUCAGUCAUCAUCUUCCCCUUUGUCCUCAUCUUCUUCUCCUACACCUUCAUCAUCUGGGCUGUCCUGAGAAUCUCAUCCACAGAAGGAAAGUGGAAAGCCUUCUCCACCUGUGGCUCUCACCUAACAGUUAUAUUACUCUUCUAUGGGACCACAGUAGGGGUUUACUUCUUACCCUCCUCCACCCACACUGAUGACAGAGAUAAGAUUGGUGCAGUGCUAUUCACUGUGAUCAUACCCAUGGUGAAUCCCUUCAUCUAUAGCCUGAGAAACAAGGACAUGAAAGGUGCCCUGAGAAAGCUUAUCCAUAGGAAAAGUUUCCUCCCUUUAAUGACCUGA